UCUUUCCUCUUACAAACUAUCGCUUGAAAUGAUCCAAAGAGAAAAACUUUGUUCAGUGUUUGGAGCUCCUUGGCCUGCAGGCUUAGUAUGAGUAACAAAGUGGCUUUAGUGAGCUUCCUCAGACAGCUUUCCCCUUCCACCCACACAGACUUAUUUGAGGUCCUUAGUCAGUCGGCAAGCAUGUUUGGAACCGGCCCCGGUGCUUAGCAAGGGCUCAUGUUGCAGGGCAGUCACGUAUGGGCACUUGUAGUUAUAAAUACUUGACCACUCUCCAGGGUGCGGUUUUCAGCCCUUUAAAGCAGCUCCGUUGCCUGCUACCGAGCCGACUUUUGACCCCGAGCGUAGGCACUGAUUGCCGUAGGACAUCUUCUGCUAAGAAAAAAGUAAAAUGGAACACAAUGGAUCUGCUUCAAAUGCUGGUAAAAUCCACCAGAAUCGGUUGUCAAGUGUGACUGAAGAUGAAGACCAAGACGCAGCUCUCACGAUUGUGACUGUGCUGGACAGGGUGGCCACUGUCGUGGACAGUGUGCAGGCCAGCCAGAAGAGAAUCGAGGAGAGACACAGAGAGAUGGGAAACGCGAUCAAGUCUGUCCAGAUUGACCUGCUGAAGCUCUCACAGUCACACAGCAAUACCGGCUACAUUGUCAACAAGCUGUUUGAGAAGACCCGGAAAGUCAGCGCUCACAUUAAAGAUGUGAAGGCCCGGGUAGAGAAGCAACAGGUUCAUGUGACCAAAGUCGAAACCAAGCAAGAAGAAAUAAUAAAGAAAAACAAAUUCCGAGUGGUAAUCUUCCAGGAGGAUACUCCCUGCCCCACAUCCCUGUCUGUUGUGAAAGACAGAAGCCUGCCCGAGAACCAGGAGGAGGCAGAGGAAGUCUUCGAUCCCCCAAUAGAGCUCUCGUCAGAUGAAGAAUAUUAUGUUGAAGAAAGCAGGUCUGCCAGGUUUAGAAAGUCAGGCAAAGAGCACAUUGAUCAUAUUAAGAAGGCAUUUUCCAAAGAAAACAUGCAGAAGACACGGCAGAAUUUUGACAAGAAAGUGAGUGGAAUUAGAACUAGGAUAGUCACUCCUGAGAGGAGAGAGAGGCUUCGGCAGUCAGGAGAGAGGUUGAGGCAGUCGGGAGAGAGGUUGAGGCAGUCAGGGGAAAGAUUUAAGAAAUCGAUUUCAAAUGCCGCCCCCUCGAAGGAAGCUUUUAAGAUUCGGAGCCUUAGGAAACCGAAGGAUCCCAAGGUGGAAGGUCAGGAGGUAGACAGAGGGAUGGGCGUGGACAUCAUCUCAGGUAGCCUGGCUCUGGGGCCCAUCCAUGAGUACCACUCUGAUGAGUUUAGUGAAACAGAAAAGGAGGUGACCAAAGUAGGGUACAUUCCCCAAGAAGGAGGGGACCCCCCAACUCCUGAGCCUUUGAAGGUGACUUUUAAACCCCAGGUGAGAGUAGAGGAUGAUGAGUCACUGCUGUUGGAGUUAAAGCAGUCCUCAUAGAUGAUUUAAGUAUUAGCAUCCAUCUCUUGGAAUCAUGUUGUAGUUUGAAUAGUGUAGUAAUUUGUAUUCAUAUACCAUGGAAAGGCAAAUGGUUGAAAAGCUUCAUUUCUUACCUUUAAGAUUCUAAAGAUGCUAGAAAUGUAUUAUAUACAAUUUUCUUAUAAUUUCCUUGGGAAUUCUAUUCCCCUGAGAAUAUAUGACUCUGACAGCACCCCCCACCCAUACCCCCUUAUGUCAUGCCUUUUUGUGGCAGCUCUUGGCCAAUGAGAAAAUAGUUGCAGAGCUCAGGUCAGUUAGAUGAUUGGUCACUCGUAACAUAGGAACGACAAAUCUGUGCCCAUCGUUCACCAGCAAACUGUAGGUUUGGGUCUGGGUCAGGAUUAACACAUCCAGUCUCGAAGGGGAGUAGCUAGCUAAUGAGUACAUUGUGUUAUCCAGAUGUUCACAUCUGGAGAUUCAUUAGUGAACCAGUAGCCUUAUGAAGCGUAUGAAGUUCUUGUGUGAGGGAAAGGAAAUAGAAGUUUGGGGCUUGAACAUUUAGCUGUGGCAACAUAACUUUAUUACUAGUGAGAUACUUGGCUGGUUGCUGCUUAUUCCCAACGGUAAAAAUGGGGAGGGCUUGCUGGUCCUAUACUUCUUGGAGGACUUGAGAUCUGAAGGGAUGUCACAGAGUAUGUGAGAACGAGACACGCAACCAGUGGAGAAGAAGCACAUGAACCACACUGGCUUCCCCUAAACCAGAACCGAACAGUUACAUCUAUGAAGAAGCCCUGGGCACAGGCUCCGAGGCCAGAGUUGAGCAGAAACUGAGGUGAUUCUUCACAAGUCUUCGCGGAAUCAAGAGUGAAAAUGAAUGCUUGGAUGGGAGCUUUCUCAUUAACGGCUGAGACCAAACCUUGGAUUUUUAGCUGCGUCCUAACAUAUUCCUUGGAAAUCUGGCUCUAAUUGCCUUUAGAUUUGGAUGUGGGGUAGACAAGUGCAGGUCUUGUUUGCACAGCAUGAGGUAGAAGUCUGGGGCUCCGUCGAGUGGCUUUUCUAAGGUCUGCCUUGAUAUGCUGGGCAUGGAAAUGACCUCUGACAUGCCUGUUUUCCAGAGUGAGCCCUUUAGGACUAAGAACAGUGCCCAUAAGCUUU